GUCAACCUGCAAACUACUAUAAAAGCGUGAAGAUGCGAGAUAAUUGAUAUCAGUCUCGAAUUUGCGUUUAUCAUAGCUUAACCUCAAGCCUAGUGCUCCGUCAGCCAAAUAGCUUCAGCCAAAAUGUUCAAACUGGUUGUCAUCUCCGCCGUGCUCGCGCUAGCCGCCGCCCAAAACCCACAAGACGCUCAAGCCCAGGUCCUUGCUCAAGAUUCCGUCGUGAACCCCGAUGGCUCCUACCAGUACCGGUACGAAACGAGCAACGGCAUCUCGGCCCAGGAAAGCGGCGUCGGCGGACAAUCGGCCCAGGGAAGCUACUCGUACACCGGCGAAGACGGCGUCCAGUACACCGUGAACUACGUCGCCGACGAGAACGGCUUCCAGCCACAGGGAGCCCAUCUGCCCGUGGACCAGCCCGCUCCGGAACACGUCCUGCGCACCCUGGAGCUGAUCCGCGCCAACCCACCACGUGAUGACCCCAACUUCAGUCUGGACGCUUUGAAUGCUGCCAUUGCCCGGCUGAGCGGAAAGAAAUAAGCUGCGGACGAACGAACGAACAGAGAUCGGACCCUGACCAAUACUCCUCCAAUACAAUACCAAUACCCCAAAUAGGAUUACAAUAUGACGUAGCGCCAUAUCUGUUGUAAAUAGUUUUACAUUGGACACCUUAACCUUUGUGUUUUUUCUUGCGUCUCGCACAACCUAAUUGUAUUUUACGAUUUUUGUUUACGUACUUACGAGUUCAGGUCAAAACUGGACCAAUUCCGUGCACAUUUUAUUGAAAAAAAUGGGCCCACCUUAAGAGAGGGAAGGAGAGCAAACAACAUCGAGAGUGCUGUAAUUUGUAUUUAGCGGUAACCUAUUUUGUACAUAUCGAAGGAACGUGUCAUCGUUAUAGUCGUGGAAUAAAAGUGAAACUGGAAAGUUUUGAUCGAAA